AUCACCAAAGUGAAAUACGUAGAUAAAAUCCAGAUCGGAAACUUUGAGAUUGACGCCUGGUACUUCUCACCGUUCCCAGAAGAUUAUGGGAAGCAGCCCAAGCUGUGGAUCUGCGAGUACUGCCUCAAGUACAUGAAGUACGAGAACAUGAAGUACGAGAAGACCUUCAGACAUCACCUGUCUCAUUGUCAGUGGAAGCAGCCGUCGGGAAAAGAAAUCUACAGGAGGAGCAACAUAUCUGUGUACGAAGUGGACGGACGAGACCAUAAGAUUUACUGCCAGAAUCUUUGUCUACUGGCAAAACUGUUCCUCGACCACAAGACGCUGUAUUUCGAUGUUGAGCCGUUUAUUUUCUACAUCCUCACCGAGGUGAACAAACAGGGAGCUCACAUCGUCGGAUACUUCUCCAAAGAAAAAGAGUCUCCAGACGGAAACAAUGUGGCGUGUAUUCUCACACUGCCGCCGUACCAGCGCAGAGGUUAUGGAAAGUUUCUCAUAGCUUUCAGUUACGAGCUGUCAAAGCUUGAGAGUACCGUGGGUUCUCCAGAGAAGCCUCUGUCUGAUCUGGGGAAGCUGAGCUACAGAAGCUACUGGUCCUGGGUCCUGUUAGAGAUCCUGAGGGACUUCAGAGGAACGCUGUCCAUCAAAGACCUCAGUCAGAUGACCAGCAUCACGCAGAGUGACAUCAUCAGCACGCUGCAGUCGCUCAACAUGGUGAAGUACUGGAAAGGUCAACACGUCAUCUGUGUCACGCCCAAACUGGUGGAGGAACAUCUGAAGAGCGCGCAGUACAAGAAACCGCCAAUCACAGUGGACACCAUGUGUUUGAAGUGGGCGCCUCCUAAAAAUAAACAAGCCAAGUUGUCCAAGAAGUGAGAGACGGAUACAGAGCACUGUACGUGUGUGAGUGUGUCAGCCGUUUCCUCCUGUUGUAAACCUGCUGUAAAUAUUGUUGUUGUUUUUUUAGAAACAUCUGUCCAUAUUUUCUGGAAAUAAAUAUUUAAAAAAA